AUGAAGGUAAACCCGACCUUUACAGUCCCACUCAACGCCCUCUGCGUGAGCCUGGUAAUCGUCUCCCUUCUCUCACUCGUUAACGUCGGAUCUUCGGUGGCCUUCAACUCCAUAAUGUCCCUUGGCACAGCCGCCUUGCUCUCAUCUUAUAUUAUUUAUAUCUCAUAUGUCUGGCUAUAUGUACACCGCUGGCGCGGUCAGCCUCUACCGCCAGCACGCUGGAGUAUGGGCAAAUUCACACCCAUCUGCGACACGAUCUCCAUCUUAGUCUUGUUGGUGAUCUGGGUCUUUAGUUUCUUCCCCCUGACUAAGGAGGUGAAUCCAACUGACAUGAACUGGGCUGUGGAUAUUUACGGAGCUGUCAUUAUUGGUUCAAUGGGUUAUUAUGUGGCUCGGGGCCACAAAUCCUACAAGGGACCCGUUACGCGGGUGAAGACAUCUGGAUGA